AAAGCGUGUCUCAGAGCUAUCCUGUUUCACUCACCUUUCUACACAGGCCGAUGGAGACUUUCAAGUUCACCAGUGAAUCUUCAAGGGAGAUGGACAAUCGUGGUGGAGGGAAAUCCAUGAUGGAUGCUCAAGUUAGACUUUCUAGUAACAAGAGAGAGCAAGGCGUAGCGUGGAAGAAUGUGCUACAGCAGUCACCAAGACCGCUCUUGUGCGAAUUCGUCCUAAGCCCAGCACUCUCGGUGAGGAGGAUUUUGGAGUUCCAACCGAUAUUAGCAUUAGUGAUGGGGAACAGGAAUACCACAAAACUAUUCUAGGUCCUUUAACCGAUCAUGAUGGGGGUACUUCAGCACAAUGUGAUCCUCAUACCAAGGAGGGGGCUAUCCAAAGAGCUGAUUCGUCGAACCGGAUGGAAUUUGAGGGAGGAGGAGAGACUCUUCCUGUACUCUGAAGAGUGUCCACCCUAUCACCAAUCUGUCAUCAUGAACAUCAUCAUUUGGAACUGUAGGGGAGCGCUGAAGUCUUCCUUUCAAAGUCAUGUUCGUGAUUUGGUAGAUAUGCAUGAUCCGGCUAUUUUUGUGGUCAUGGAAACCCAUAUUGGAGGCGAUAAAGCCAAAGAGAUUUCUGACCGUCUCCCCUUCCAAAGAGCGAUCCACACAGACACCACAGGCUUUGCUAGAGGUCUUUGGCUUCUCUGGGAUCCGGAUAGGGUGGAAAUUUCCAAUUUGGCCAGCACUAAGCAAGAGAUUCAUGUCUUGGUUAAGGUAACAAGGGCUUUACAUGCAAAGUGGGGCUAGGCCAAUUGA